AUGGAGGCACUUCUCUUUGCACGACAUGUGUUCGGAAUCCAGGCCUUUGACCCUUUGGCGCUCAGCAGAAGAUGUUGGGGCGCUGGUGCAGCUCGCUUGGCCAAAGCCGUUUGCAAAGCUGCAGGGUUGAGGGUCUCUGAUUUGGAAGCUCUGCAUCGAAUCUUGGAUACGAGUGCAAACCCGUGGGACCGUCUGUUCGCUGGAUGCGCUUUGUUCUGUGUGUAUGCAAGGUGCCGGUGGAGUGAUGCCCAGCAUGUGGAUUCUUUCAGGUUUGAUCAGGGUCCCGACAGUGAUAAGAUCGAAUACAUCGAGGCCCUGGUCGAUGUUCAUAAGAACAUGAACCGCAGAGGAAAGGCUCCUGUGCUCCUUGAGCUCGUCGCUUCGGGAUUAGGGGUCUGCUCAGAAGACUGGAUUGAGAAAUUUCUUGAUGCCCGAUCCGCUUUGGGAUUGACUUCUGAUCACGCCUUCAUGCCAGCGCCAGAUGUGACUGGAGCCCCGACCAUCAGGGCCCUGGAUUCAGACGAGUGCAGUGAGUGGUUGCUUCGGUUGCUCCCGCCCAGGCUCGGGCUGAAGACUUCGUCCCACAGUCUUAAGGGGACCCUGCUAAGCAUGUGUGCAAAGUGGGGAAUCAAGCAUGUUGACCGUUUGGCGAUGGGGGGGCAUAGUCAUCCUGGGCGCAUGAGUGACGAGUACGCUGAUGAUGCUAUGGCCAGACCACUUCGCCUCAUCGAGAUGGUCAUUAGAGCCAUCCGUUCAGGAAGGUUCCACCCGGAUGCCACUCGGGCGGGACGCUUUGUUGGUGGCGAGCCGGCUGCCGAUUUUGCAGAUCUCCCUGAGGACCUCACUUCAGGAGUGCCCAAGGUACGAGGAGGUGCAGGUCGCCCGGCGCCGAGUGCAAGCCAUCAGAACCUGGAUGAUGUAGCGAGUGCCAGGCCUUCGACUCCCCAAACCGGAGCCUUAGAUUCCCCGAGGAGCGGCCCCGAUGCUCCUUCUCCCAGUUUUGUAGAGACAAGGCAGGACGAGAGCGAUGGAGAGGCCGUUGCAUCAAUUCCGGGCGGUCUCUCCGUCCGAUCGCCAAGCGUUGCCGAGGAAGGGCCCGCAGCAGGCGGGGAUGAGUCUGAUGCAUCGGGGGAUAGUUCUUCGUCAGAAUCAUCCAGCUCCGACUCUAGUGCCAGCGUCCCUGAGCCGGAUCCGGCCCGAACGGAAGCCCAGGGAGGCCCCGCUUGUCGUGCCAUGGCGCUGGUAGACUCCAAGGCAUCCUUCAAGACCCGAUGUGUUGACAUGUGUGGAAACGACACGCUGUAUCAGAAGCUGGCAGGGAAAGACAUCCGCACUUUCUCGGACUUGGCUUUUGCUUGCGGCACGCCACAAUCCCCGCCAAGCCAGGACGACUUCCGCAACUUUGCAGACGAGAUCCUGGGUGUCGGGGCCAGCCUUGGAGAUACUGCGAAGCUCACCCGCUUGCACUUCGAAGCCUCAACCUAUGUCAUCGCCCAGCUGAAGCAACAAGUGGUAGGAGACACCACCGACGAGCCAAAGAGGCUCCCACUCGCGGAGAACGAGGCCCGCUACAGGGACUUGCGACACCGUUUGCCGGGGCUGCUCAUUCAAGGGGAGCUUUUACCAUCUCAUGCACUUGUGGAUUCUGUUGCGCAUAUGGCGGAGACAAAUUGCUUGACAUGUCUGGCGCCGAGCAAAUGCACGAAGCGCGACCAGGAACUACGACUCGGUCCCAAGGAGAAAUCGAAGGUCCUCACAGUUCUCGACAACUCGGUGACCGUCACUGCCCAGCCGGAGAAGAUCGUCGCGGACCAUGGGACACCGUUGCAACUUCAAUGGUGUCUGCAGAGGCGUGGGUUGGCCUUUGACAUGAAUCGCAUCAUCUCUUGGGAGACUCAUGAGAAAUGGGUCAAUCAUCUGCUUCAGUGCUUGACGGCAGACACAGUUCCCGGUUACAACCACAUCACUGUUGCUCAGGUUGUGAAGGCCGACUCCGAGAUGUUCCUCAUGAUGUCCAAGGAGAUAAAGAAUGUAAAGGCCAGCUCAACAGGAGAGAUGGAAGCGGACACCUUCAUGGAGCGCUUCCGAUCCGAUCCCCGCAUCACGAUGCACUUGCUUCCGCUCCCCAAAGCUUUGAGUGCCUUGGCAUCCGAGGCUGGUGACAAUGCACAUGCGGGGACCCCGAGUCCUAAGAAGAAAACCAGACGCGAAAGGAAGACUUCAUUGGCAGGGCCCGUCAAGGUGGAGAACAUGCCCAAAGAGCUCAAGGAGUGCAAGUUUUUCACCGAUCACUCAGGCCGCCGCUUUUGCUGGACUCACAAUACCGGGACUUGCAAUGCAGAGACCGAUGGUGGGAGCCCGCCGGCUUGCAAGCGUGGAGUGCACGCUUGCAUGGGAUGUCGCAAACCGGGGCACGGCUGGUCCUCCUGCUGGUUCAACAAGGUGCGUAAUGAGCCAGCUUUGCAGCCUCGUGACUCUUCCGAUGGCUCGGCCCGCUCCGUCCUCAAAGAUCCUGCCGACAAUAAUAAGAGUACUUGUGCAUUUCAGUUUUCCUUCAAACCGCCCGAUGGCUUGCCCACGGUGGUUGACCAUCCUGCAGAACACCUCGCAAGGACUUGUUUGCAGCAAGGUUCAGGCGGGGAAUCGAUGUGGAUGCAACUCGCGGAGCUUCUGCCCGGCGAGGAAUCAUCACGCACAGUUUCCACAGACUCCAAGGAGAAAUGUUUCAUUUCAGGUGCCUAUUCCAGAGGGGUAGCCGGUCUGCGGAGCAAUUGCAAACGCUAUCCGGAUAGCACGCGACUGCUUGUGCGUUUGGCGAGAAUCGCCUUUCCUGGCUUGUGCUUCAGCUCAGUUGGCUUGUUCCAGAACAUGCGAACCGUCCCGCACAAAGACCACAACAACAGGACCCCGGCACAAGCCCCGACUCUGAACCAGGCAUGUUUCUUGAACUUUUCGCAGGUUCCGCAGGCCCUCGACUUCACCGAUGAGUCUGAGUGUCAAGUCGUCUUGCAAAUGAUCCAAGAUUUCAGCGAAUCACUGCAGUAUGUGCAUCUGUCCCCGCCGCAAGAAACCUGCCUUGCCGCCAGGAACCUGGAUUCUCAUGCGGGGGCCACGUCGGCUCCCCCAGUCAGAUCCCUUGACCAGCCGCUAGGCCUUGUUUCCCUGUCGGAUCCCCUCAGGAAGCAAGUUCAGGAUGCCAAUCAACUUUAUGUUUUCUGUAGUGAGGUUGUUCGCUCUUGUUGCAAGCUUGGCAUUGCUGUUAGUGUGGAGGCUCCAGCCUCCCCCCUCUUUUGGCACAUACCUGCCAUCAAGAGUGCGUUUGAGGCCCCGCAGGCCCAUGAUGUGGAUUUUCACGAGUGCAUGCAUGGAGGCCCGCGUGACAGAAAGCUCCGUUGGGCAUCCUCAGUGCCCUGGUUCAAGCCGUUGGGCCUGCUCUGCAAUCGCCGGCACACCCAUGUACAUUGGAGCGCAACCCCAACCGCCGGCCACAAAGGCUCGUAUCCCAAGCUCUUGUGUGCCCGAGUUGCUGAGAUUGUACUUUCACAGGUUUGUCAAGUGCCGGCCUCAACUUCUCUCUUUGGCCCUGCGAGUGCAAUCGUUCGCCUUGCUUAUGAUAAGCAGCCACGCCGGCACCAUGCUUUGGUAAGUGAGUUUGGGUCUUAUGAUGCUUGGGCAGUGCUUCUCGGCUUGUCUGACUGCCCGAAGUCCUUAAUUUCAGCGUACCCCAAAGGUGCACGCGGCGUUCGUCGCAAGCUUCUGCAGUGGGGUCAGAUUAGGGCUUGCGAGCUUCCGACUCCGCCUUCGGACACUCUUGAGCAUUGCUUGGAUUCAAAUUGGAGAUGGAGCCUGGAUACACACAUCCCCCCGGGAGAAUCUGAUCAGCCCCUCUGUAAAGUUUGUGGCUUUUUGAGUGAUUUGACUUUUGAGGAUUCUCGCGAGGUCAUUUGGAUAGGCAUUCCUCGUACUCCUGAGGACUUCGUGAGACAGGCCGUUGCAGCCGGUCACCCCAGAAGGAUCCUCGAGAACAACAUGGACGAUCGCACGAAGUUACUUGUCGACAACUUGUUGAGUGGUCGUGUUGCCCAAGGAGACUUGGGUGCAUCCAAAGUCGCCGAGUGGGCACAACUCGCUAAAGACCUUGAACCUCUUGAAGAAGCCCAAACAAAUUCCAUGGAUCCCCUAGUUGGCAAGAUUCUUGCAGGGAAGAAGACUUGCCUCUUGGAGCGGCUGCUCUCAGAGUCGGCUUUUCCCGAUGAAAGACUUGUCACUGACAUUCGAAAGGGUUUCUCUUUGACGGGAUGGAUGCCGAAUUCGGGUUUGUUCGUACCUGAUCCCCGGCCCCCAAAGACUAGUCUUGAAAGACAGCUGAAAUCUGCCCAAGCCAGGAACUCAGCGACAGUGGCCAGAGUGUCUUCUCAGCCGGUGGACGCGGUUGCUGAACAAACUUGGAAGGAGACGCUUGAGGAAGCUUCCAAAGGCUGGUUGUUCGAGGACCCCGAUCCCGACUUGUCUUCCGUUCUUGUAGCUCGCAGAUUUGGCAUCGUUCAGGGUGCCAAGACUAGAGUAAUCGAUGACGGGAAAGCAGCUGGCAUCAACCAGACGGUAGGGUUGCCUGAGCGCUUCCGACUGCAUAGCAUUGAUUACAUAUCCGCUUUCCUUGUUUGGGCAAUGCUUGACCAGAGAGCCAAAGGCGCGAAGGUGUCAGGCAAGACGGUGGAUUUGAAGUACGCUUACAAACAGUAUGCAGUGUGCCCAAGCGACAGGAACAUUUUCAGAAUAGUAACGCUCGACCCCGUGUCGGGCAAGGCGAAGUUCUACGGAGCUGCUGCCCUCCCUUUCGGAACGACAGGCUCGGUAGCAGGGUUCCUGAGAACCUCAGCAGCCACUUGGCACGUGGGCUCGACACUAAUGGGACUGUCUUGGUGCAACUACUUCGAUGAUUUCCCUCUUUUCAGUUUGGAUGAGAAUUGCCAGUGCACCGAAUCCUGUGCGGAAGGAUUGCUCGAUGCGUUGGGCAUCACCUUCGCGAGGGAAGGGCGCAAAGCAACAAAAUUCUCAAAGGAGUGUCGAGCGCUAGGCUUGAUCAUCGACUUGAGCAAGUUUGGUGAUGGCAUAGUAUACAUCAGACACACCCCCGAAAGGAUUCAGGAGCUGAGGCAAACCAUCUCCGUCAUCCUUGACCGAGGUACGCUUGAGUCGUCGGAGGCUGAGGCACUCCGAGGAAGAUUGCAUUGGUUCAGCUCCUUUCUCUUCGGCCGGCGCGCCAGCCAGGCUCUAGGGGUCCUAGGUCUUAGGGUUAAAGGUUUAGAUGGGGGCAAGAAGCUCAGUGGCGACCUUCGUCAAGCUCUCACGUACCUUCGUGAUCGAGCUUUGGAGUCGCCCCCUGUGCAGCUUUCGCCUGCUAUCAAAGAAACCUUUUACAUUUUCACUGAUGGGAGCUUGGAAGGAGAUGUGGCCGGUGUGGGCGGCAUUCUGUACGACCCACUCGGCGAACCUCUUUCCUUCUUCUCGGGGAAACUCCCAGCAGAUUCUGUGCACAAGCUCCGCGAAUCCUCUGAGCAUCCAAUUUAUGAGGUGGAGCUUCUUGCGAUCUGGGCUGCCUUCCAGCUCUGGAUGCAACAGUUGAAAGAUCGCUUUGUAGUAGUGUACUUGGACAACGAAGCGGCAAAAGGUGCAUUGGUGUCUGGAAAGUCUACGAUGACGCUCGGUUGA